AUGGUCGGAUACACACGACAAGCUUCGAACACGACAAGCUCCAGUGAAAAGCAAAAAAUGAAAGCGGAAGAGCUCCAAAGUUUUCUUGCUGACUGUCGUUCAUGUUUGGCGAAAUGCGGUUGCCCAAUGUUGGCAGAGAAAUACACGACGCAGCAAAAGGUGGCAGUGAGCAGUUUUGUCGGCGCAACUGCUCCGCAAAAAGAUUCAUGUGAUCUCUUAGUCUACCAGCAAGAAGAAC